AUGGCCUCGGCAACGGGCCUGAGAAGAUGGAAACUGCGCUGUCCGACACUCCGCUGCCCGAUUCGCAGAUCGCGAGGUACCAAUGCCGCACAAGCUUGCCAUCUUGCCGAAUCGUCGAAGGCGGUAACAACGGCUUCGCCACCCGCACAGGAGAAUGAGGAGGAGGGGGAGGAGGAUCGCCUCUGCCGCUUUUGUUUCGAGGGCGACGAGGAAGACGAGCUGAUCUCCCCAUGCCGAUGUUCAGGAGGACAAAAGUAUGUUCACUUGAAGUGUUUACGAAUGUGGCAACGAGCCGUGCUUGUUUCUCAGCCUACUCAUCCAGACCUUUACGAUCAUGAUACAAGACAAAGGAUUUGCAAUGUAUGCAAGACGGAGUUCACCUGCCAUCCGCCGACUAGGGCUGAGCUCUUGGCCUCCUUCACGGGCCCAGAGCUGGCUGCCUUGAUCGAGGAGCGCUGCUUCAUCGGCUCCGCUGAGAACUUCAGCCGGGAGCUGGAGAGACAGGUUGCGAGCUUUCCCGGAAUCAUGCGAGAGGGCAUCGUUUGCCUGAACUGGAUCAGGGGACUUUUCUUGAUUGUCAAAGCUGCGCACUAA